AUACUGCUCCGCACUAUUCCCAUCCCCAUUUCAAGACCUUUUUUUUUUUUUUCUUCAACACGUCGCAAGAGCUCUCUUUUUCCUGUGUACACCGUGUGUGGAUGCAGUAUUUGUGAAGUUCUUGAUUUCGAGUUGAGCGUUUGGCUAGGUCGCAAUUCAACAGUCUUCCUCCUACCUUACCUUACCUUACCUCUAGAUAAUAAUUUACUGUCGACGUGCCACGACCCCGCACCCUCGCAGCUUGCCUGCUUCUGGCUUUCAUUCUUCCGGCCGUCACACGUACGCGGUGCCAAUACCACACGAAGUUAUCUGGAGCUUCUCCUGACAUCUUCUUCAGCUAUCUAAAGUUUCUCUCCUAUCCGCUCGCAUUUAUUUCCGCAGAUUCUCGCUCCUGUUUUCCAGCACAGUCAUACAUCACCAUGUGGCAGAACACAUCGUCCUCGAGCCCGAGCUCGCCAGCCAACGCCCAGAACCGGCCAGUGUCAUCAGCACCAAGCUACAGGUUGAAGAACCAGGGCCGCCGCGUGGCGCAGAUUGUCAAGCUGAAGCCCGAGUGCGUGGAGCAGUACAAGGAGUGUCACAGGCGAGUCUGGCCAGAGGUGCUGAAGCAGAUCAAGCACUGCAACAUCGAGGACUAUUCCAUCUUCCAUGACCCGGAAACCAACAUCCUCUUCGGUUCCUUCAAAUACGUUGGCUACGACCUGGCCGGAGAUAUGGAGAGGAUGCGAGAGAACCCCAGAGUUCAGGAGUGGUGGCGGAUGACGGAUAGCUACCAGGAGUCGUUCGUAGAGGGGGCGAAGAGCAGUUCGGACGGGGAGCCAGCCUGGUGGAAAGGAUUGCAGGAGGUGUUCUACACUCCGUGA